AUGCAAAUCACCAAUCUGAAGCUUGUUCUCCUGGCGUCUCUCCUCGGGACCUCCGAUGCCUUGCUCUUCAAGUGGACUAGAAUUGCCAGUGAUAAAUGCGCUAUGUUGCCUUUUACCUUUGGAUUCCCUGAUCCCGGAUGUCCUGGUGGUGCGGCGCUACCGGCACCCGCUGCCCCAGCACCAGACCCCAAGGCGGUGGCUGCGGCGUACUGCAACAACGUUGCAGCUGGUGCGAUUGCUGUAUUCCGAGCCGAUGGUAGUCACUACGGCUGCUUCAAUAAUCCAUGCCAGGAAACCUUCCCUGGCAGCAACGAAAUCAAUGGUGUAUGUAGAUGA